AUGCAAUCAGAUACUUUUGAUGAAAAGUGUCAUGUUCCCAUGUUAAGGGGUGAUAAUUAUAAAGAUUGGAAGGAGUUAAUUCUCCUCCAGUUGGGAUGCAUGGAUUUUGACUAUGCUAUAAGGAAGGAUGAACCAUCUGUGCCGACAGACAAUAGCACUCCUGGUGCAAUUGGCUUGUAUGAACGGUGGAAGCGAUCUAAUCGCUUGAGCAUGAUGUACAUUAAGACACGUAUAUCUGCUAGUAUCCGUGGUUCAAUCCUAGAUUGUGCAAAUGUAAGAGAUUUGCUGAAGGCAAUUGAUGAUCAAUUUGAAUCUUCAGAUAAGGCUCUUGCUAGCACUCUCAUGACCAAAUUAUUAUCUAUGAAGCUCACAAGUGUUAAAGGUGUGCGAGAGCAUAUCAUGAGGAUAAGAGACUUAGCGGCUCAACUUAAGGCUUUAGAGCAAAUCGAUUUUUCAGACGCUUACCUUGUGCACUUUAUCUUGCACUCUCUUCCACAUCAGUAUAACGCUUUCAAAAUCUCGUAUAACACACAUAAAGAUAAAUGGUCUAUUAAUGAGCUUUUGACCAUGUGUGUUCAAGAGGAGGGAAGGUUGUUAUUAGAAAAGAGUGAAAGUGCACAUAUGGCUACUCGAGGUAAGAAGAGAGGACGAACCAACCUGAAAAAGGAUAAAGACAAACCACCUGUUCAGAUCGAGAAGGUGUCCAAGUGCUUCUUUUGUAAGAAGAAAGGGCACAUGAAGAAGGAUUGUCCGAAACUCAAGAUUCAUCUUGACAAGAAAGGGCUUCUUAAGCCGAAGGACACUGACAAAGAGUGA